CAUUUCCCCAGCUGUGAGGACUGUCGGUUCUCCUCUCAUCCCUUCCUGCGUGGCUCCCCUUCACCCCCGGCUGCCAACUUGGCUUCUCCAUCAUCGGAGCCCUCAUCUGUAGCACUCUGCUCAGCUGUGAGUCCCUCCUGACUCUUGCUGGGCAGUGGUACAGGUCCUGUGCUUGUAAGAGAGAGAGCAGUCUCAGGAAAUCUGAGUCUCCAGCACUCAGAGGCAAAGAGCAGCGUCUGGAGCUGAACGGUGCCCUCACAGACUGGUGAUGCAUCGGCAGAGGAGGCUGAGGAGGAAGGCUUUCCCUCGCUGUAGGUAAAUGGGAGCCGCAGGAGCAGCAGCCCCGGGAAGCUCAUGAUCCUGCCAGGAAAGGAGUGACUGCGUUUCCAGAACGAGCACAGAGGACAGCUCUGUGUGACCUGAAGAUGGAGUAGCGACAAAGGCAUCCCCCAUGAUCCUGAGCACCUUUUGCUGUGGACUCCAGCCCCGUCCAGAGGCUGCAUGUGGAGCUGAAGGAACUGACCUCCUGUUUUCCUGAGAACCCCUUUCUCUCCUAAUUCAUGAGCCAGCAGGAUGCGGUCGCCGCGCUUUCAGAACGCCUGCUCAUAGCUGCGUACAAAGGCCAAGCAGAGAAUGUGGUUCAGCUCAUCAACAAGGGUGCCAAGGUAGCGGUUACCAAGCAUGGCCGGACCCCCUUGCACCUUGCCGCCAAUAAGGGUCAUCUCUCUGUGGUCCAGAUUUUGCUGAAGGCUGGCUGUGACCUCGAUGUGCAGGAUGAUGGGGACCAGACAGCCUUGCAUCGGGCUACUGUGGUGGGAAACACUGAGGUCAUCACAGCGCUUAUCCGGGAGGGAUGCGCCCUGGACAGACAGGACAAGGAUGGGAAUACAGCCCUGCAUGAAGCCGCCUGGCAUGGGUUCAGCCAGUCAGCCAAGCUGCUCGUUAAAGCGGGAGCCAACGUGCUUGCCAGGAACAAGGCAGGGAACACGGCUCUGCACCUGGCCUGCCAGAACAGUCAUUCCCAGAGCACACGCGUCCUCCUGCUGGGCGGCUCCCGGGCUGACCUCAAAAAUAAUGCAGGGGACACCUGUUUGCACGUGGCUGCGCGGUAUAAUCACCUGUCCAUCAUUAGAGUUCUCCUCAGUGCUUUCUGUUCUGUUCACGAAAAGAACCAGGCUGGAGACACGGCCCUCCAUGUGGCUGCUGCCCUAAAUCACAAGAAGGUGGUUAAAGUCCUGCUGGAAGCUGGUGCUGACACGGCCAUUAUCAACAACGCAGGCCAGACCCCGCUGGAGUGUGCCCGCUGCCACAAUAAUCCUGAAGUUGCUCUGCUCCUCGCCAAGGCUCCCCAGAUCUUGCGCUUCAGUCGUGGGCGAAGCCUGAGGAAAAGGAGAGAGAGGCUCAAGGAAGAGAGGAGGGCCCAGUCUGUGCCCAGAGAUGAGGUGGCACAAAGCAAGGGAAGUGUCUCAGCAGGAGACACCCCCAGCAGUGAACAGGCUGUACCCCAAAAAGAGGAAGCUAGAAGAGAUUGCCCACCAGCUCCCCAGGAGCCCAGAAAGGAUGACAAGAGGAGAAAGUCAAGGCCAGAGGUGUCAGCGCUCUCUGACCCCACCCCCGCAGCAGACCAACAGCCUGGACACCAGAGGAGCCUGCAUGGUCAUCACCACCCCAAAAAGAGCAGACACCGAUGUUGGUCCCCCCCGCCCCCGCAUGGGUUCAGGGCGUACCAGCUGUACACGCUGUACCGGGGCGAGGACGGGAAAGUGAUGCAGGCCCCAAUAAAGGGCUGUCGCUGCGAACCUCUGAUCAGCAAGCUGGAGAACCAGUUGGAGGCGACUGUGGAGGAGAUAAAAGCCGAGCUGGGAUCAGUGCAGGACAAAGUGAACACAAAGCUGGGACAGAUGGAGAGUAAGGCCCAGCACCAGAUGUGUGUUUUGGAUAAACUGAUGGUGGAACGGCUGUCAGCGGAGAGAACAGACUGCCUGAAUCGCCUGCAACAGCAUGCCGCUGCUGAGAAGCAGGAGAGAGAGAAGCAGCAGAUGUCCCUGGUGGAUGAAUUAAAAGCCUGGUGUAUGAUGAAGAUCCAGACUCUGGAACUGAGGCUUUCUGGAGAGUCUCGGACCUUUAAAGCUAAACCCGCACCAUCUCCUUGUGACUCUUCUCCAGCAGCUGUAGAUCCACCAGUGAUAGCUGCAGGACCAGCAGCAGCAGCUUCCAACAGCUCCUCUCAGGUUGUGAGGCCCAAGGACAAGGGAGUCAAUGCCACUGCUGCCGACAGACAGCAGCAGGAGCUACUUCCCUCGGACUGCGCAGGCUCCCGCUUGAGGAAGGUCAAGGCCCCUGCAGCCUCAGGCUCCUUGAAUGAGGCUCCCAGGGGUGAGCAGCAGACUGCGUCCUGUGUCACCAGAGGCACUCAAACCAAGAAGACUGGGAGAAGUGGGCAGACCAAGCACCGAGGCCAGCGGCCAACAGCUGGUAGCCCCUGUGGGCAGCAGCCAUCAGCGACAGGCAGUGAUGCGCGAGAUGCCUCGCAAGCCCUGGAGCUAACCCAGUAUUUUUUUGAGGCGGUUUCUACCCAGAUGGAAAAGUGGUAUGAACGAAAAAUCGAAGAAGCACGAAGCCAAGCCAGUCAGAAGGCCCAGCAAGAUGAGGCCACACUGAAGGAGCACAUCCGAAGUCUGGAAGAAGAGCUUGCCAAGCUGCGGACAAAGGUGAAGUAAAACCCAGACCCCGAGGGGGAGCCAAGAGCAAAGCAACUGUGUACCAGGAGCUGGCCAUGCACCUGGGGACUUGCCUCUAACAGCCACUCAUCUGUUGGGGACACACUCUUCCCGUGCUCUGCUGUUACCAGGGCUUCACUAGUAACAGCGAAUCCCGGGAAGACGCUCAUAAAAAGCCACACCAAGAAGAGGUGUGUGCCUAAGUCUAGGAUUUCGUGUUAUGAAGUAUGUCAGGGACAAAGGCUGUAGUCACUCAUCUCCAACACGCCUGCUGUGCCUAGAAGGUUCUAGCAGAGCCGGGACUCAGGCGGGAAGCCCUGUUUCUCCCUUGUAACUCUCAAAAUGCUCAUCUUUUAACUGGAGGAAAAGCCUUCAGAUCUUGAGAGGAAAUCCAUUUUAAUAACCUCGGGGUCCAGUAUGUCUUAAAAUAACUUAAAAGGUCAUGGUUAUAAGGAGUAAUUGCUCACUAAUGUUUGCCAAAUGAGGAAAAGUUUAAACCACUGACCAGUUACUGUGUGCUUAGUUAAAAUAACUGAGAUUAAUGGAAAAAAAUUCACCCAACAAUUCCAGCCACUUACCUUAGACUACCUUUCUGGACUUUUUGUCCUAUAUUUUGUAAAGAAACAGUUUAGAAGGCAG